AGCCGUUUUGGCAACCGCAUCUUUUGGCGUAAGGCUCACCCCUGACCCGCAGCGCCGCGUCGAGGGUCGUCCUCGAACCCGCCAGGAGACCAUGAAAGGCUUGACGCAGCCGCUGCUGAAGAAGCCUGCCCCCAGGGGUUCGGAGGACGAGCAGUUGCUCAAGAAGUUCCCCGAUGGCGACAAGGAGAAGGGGGCCACCAUCCUCACCACGUGCAUCAACCUCCUGAAGAACAUGGUCGGCGCAGGGCUCCUGAACGUGCCGGUGGCCUUCAUGUACUCGUCGGUGCUGGGCGGCGUGCUGGACAUGGUCCUCUCAUCCGUGCUCGCGACGGGAGGCUUCCUGCUCAUCGGCUACUGUUGCUCCAAGACGGGCGCCCGCAGCUACCGGGCGCUGAUGUCCGUGUCCGUGGGCCCGGCCUGCGGCAAGCUGAUCGACGUGAUGCUCUUCUUUCACACGCUCUUCAGCUGCGUCGGCUACAUCACGCUCAUCGGGGACUUCACCACCAAGAGCAUGUCCGGUCUGAUGCCCGGCUCCAUCUUCGCCACGAGCCGCGCCUUCGCGACCGUCACCAUCGUCGUGCUCAUCAUCUUCCCCCUCUCGCUGCUCCGCGACCUGAAGUCGCUGAAGCCGUUCUCCGCGAUGGGGCUCGCGGCCAUCGCGUUCUCGUGCCUCUACGUCUUCUACGAGCUGUGGGCGACCUCAGAUGAGAACACGCCGAUGCAGACAAUCAGCGACCACUGGUGGUACGUCAAGUUCGACACCUUCAAAACCAUCGCGCUGUUCAACGGUUCGUUCUCUGCCCACUACAGCGCACCCACCUUUUACGCGGAGCUCAAGCAGAAAUCGUUCAACCGCUACGCGCAGUGUGCGUUGUGGAGCUUCGGCAUCUCCACGAUCCUAUUCACCGUCUUCGGCGUGGCGGGCUUUGCCCGUUUCGGAGACGACGUGCUGGGAAACAUCCUGAAGAGCUACGAUCCCACCAGCAUCCCCGUGCAGCUCUCAUGGAUGUGUAUGAACAUCGCAACCAUAUUCGUCUUCCCCAUCGCGUUCCAGCGCAUGCGCGCCUCCUGGACCGCGCUCGUCAACAAGCCUCUGGGACUGCACGGGAACUCCGCCAUCCCGUGGACGACGAUCGGGCUGCUCGCCGCAAGCACCUACUUCGGCAUCGCCUUCACGGACAUUGCCGUCGUCAAGCUGAUCAAGGGUGCGACUCUGGGCGUCUCCAUUAUGUUCAUUAUGCCAGGCCUGGCCUUCCUCGGGAUCAGCAGCAAGGGCGGCAACUACAAGGACUUCGAGCGCAACUUCUCCCCAGAGAUGGUGCGCCAGAUCUCACCGAGCAAAGAGGUGUUCGACCAGGAGCCCACCGGCAUGGUCAGGGCCUUCAGCUACGUCCUCGUCGUCGUCGGUGUCCUCCAGGGCAUCUUCGCCCUCCUCAGCCACUUCAAGCUGAUCUGAGAUCGCGCCUCGCACCGCGAGGCACCGAAGCACUCCACUACGAGCCCCCCCCCUCCCUCUCCUUGUCCACCGCCUCCGCGCCAUUGCGAUGCGUGUUCCGACACGCCGCGAGAACCGAAGCAUAGCAGGAUUUUGGACACUCAUACAUGUGCGCUACAGAGUUGCAUGUGUUUUUGAGCUGUGCGCGGCAACAGCGGCGGUUGCAGCGCGGCGUUGCCGUUUUUCUGGGCCAGUGGAGGCUUCGGUUUCGAGUUUUCUACACAGCUGCGUGCGGCAAAA